AUGCCUUACGUCGGCGCAAUGUCCGUCUCAUCCCAAGAUUCACCCAACUCUACCACCGGAAGUGGUAGACAUUUCUCAAUGUCUCGAGACAAAUUCGACAUCAAUAUUCCCUCACCUCAAAUUUCUCUCGUAUCAAAUGGUGAUUUAACAUCUCCAACAUCAUUAAAGUCACCGGGUACUCGUCGCAUCGCCACUUUUUCCCGGGAAGGUAUUUUGGGAUCCGCUCAGAAAGCCAGGAAUUUGUCACAAUCUUCCGCAGACAGAGAAUCAAUCAUAAAUGGGCUACAAAACAGACAAAACCAAAAUCAGAACCAUAAUCAGAAUGGAAAUCAUAAUCAGAAUGGGCAUAGCGAUGACGGGAUCAAUCCAUUGAAGAGAAGAAGCACUGAUGCUGGAAUUGACUACCCCAGACGGAGAGCCACCAUCGCCUGCGAGAUUUGUCGAUCUCGGAAAUCACGAUGUGACGGAACCAAGCCCAAGUGCAAACUUUGCACAGAAUUAGGUGCCGAAUGUAUUUAUCGUGAGCCAGGUAUCAAACUUGAUGCUGGGGAUAAACUCAUAUUAGAGCAUCUUACUCGAAUCGAAGGAUUACUUCAAUCGACAUUAAUCGGGCAAACAUCCAAUCUUGCUCUUUCCACCGGCUCGCCGUCUAUCAAUGGAGGAACCACGACCAGUGGUGAUGAUUUGAUGAUUGCAGCCAACGGAGGCUUUGUCUCUCUACUUCCUGCCACAGGUCUUGGCACUUGGACCAAUCCCACAAAUAUUUCCACGAUGCCAAAAAUUCACACAAAUGCUGCAUUACACCUACUUCAAUGGCCGUUGAUCCGCGAUUUAGUAUCACGACCUUACGAUCCUCAAAUCCUUCUUCAGCUCGAAAUGGCUAGAGAGCCGCUUGUUCUGUCAAAAACGCCUUGUUUAGAUCUCUCCAAUACCUCCGCAUAUAUCGAAGCAUUUUUCGCAAAGGUAAAUGUAUGGUAUGCAUGUGUUAACCCAUACAACUGGAAUAAUCACUACCGAGUUGCUUUAUCAAAUGGAUUCCGCGAUGGUCCGGAAAGCUGCAUUGUUCUUUUAGUGCUGGCGCUGGGUCAAGCUAGUUGCAGUGGAAGCAUAUCUAGAGCGGUUAGUUCUGAGGAUCCUCCUGGGCUUCCAUAUUUUGCAGCCGCUUGGGCACUCCUUCCAAGUUUGAUGACGAGGAGCUCGGUUUUAUCUGCUCAGUGUACAGUUCUUGCUUCUGCGUAUUUGUUUUAUCUCGUGAGACCAUUGGAAGCGUGGACACUAUUGAGUAGUACGAGCACGAAGCUUCAACUUCUUUUGAGUGCGCCUGGAAGGAUACCACCGAAUCAAAGGGAGCUAUGCGAACGAGUGUAUUGGAAUUCAUUGUUGUUCGAGAGCGACCUUUUGGCUGAACUAGAUUUACCGCACUCCGGUAUCGUCCAUUAUGAAGAAGUGGUUGGACUACCCGGAGGCUUUGAGCAGGAAGAUGAGGAUGGAGUGGGUCGAGAUGAGCUCUGGUACUUUUUGGCCGAAAUCGCACUUCGCCGACUACUGAAUCGCGUCAGCCAACUAAUCUACUCGAAAGAUUCGAUGUCAUCGACAUCUAGUUUGGAGCCUGUCGUGGCGGAAUUGGAUUUCCAAUUGUCACAAUGGUACGAAAGUCUACCUAUUCCUUUACAAUUCCCAUAUACUCGAACACCUCUAGCGGAUCCUGUCCAGACUGUGUUGAGACUGCGAUAUUUUGCUUGUCGAACGAUCAUCUUCAGACCAUAUAUUCUUGCUGUGUUGGAUAAUGAGCAGGCAGCUAUGGAUCCUCAUGCAGGUCACAUGCCCUAUCUCUGGCAAGGAGCUCUCAGCAUCGUUUCUCAAACCCUUCUCGUGAUGGGCGCCACCAUGUCCCCCUCACUAUCCGCCAUAAUCAACUCCCUCGUCAUCCACGACACAAUCGAUGGCAUCAUAAACGACGUAGUCAUGGAAAUCGAAAGAUACGCCCAUCUAGCUCCCAGUUUAAGUCUUUCUGCCGAAAUAAUCAGGGAAGCCGAGAUGCGAAGACGCAGCUACCUUGGCGGCUGA